AUGUUCACACAGCAACUAAGCUUCGCAGAACGUCCCUUGGACCAACUCCGACCCUCCUCGGGUCGGAGCUAUCCCCGUUCUCGGACUCCUGACACCUCAAAGGCAUCCCGUAUGGCCUUGAAGAAGAUUGCUUUGGUGAUUUCCGAGUUGCUUGAUACGGAAUUCGCCUAUUUGGAUAGUUUACGUGAAAUUACAGAGGUUGGUUGCCCUCUAUAA